ACCUUUGACGUUGUCCCUGCUGGGGAUCCGUAGUGCGGAAGGGUUUUUUGCGGGUAGCCGCUCGACUUAAAGACAGCGUUUAUCAGGUGACAGGCGGUUGGCUGCCUGCCUCAUGCCUGCCGACCGCAAGUAGGACAGGGAGGAAGAUGGACGAGGAGGAGGACGAGGCGGCAGCGGCGACGACAGUAGCAGCAGCAGCUGUUGCCGCGGAAGAGCUUCCUCCGCCUCUGUCCCAGCUGAGCGGAGACAGCGGCAACGUCUCGCAAAGUCACAGCAGCACCUCCGGCCUCGGCGACGAGGAAGCGGCGGCAGAAGGAGAACUGCUGCUGGCGGCCACGGCCGACUACGCCUUCUACUUGCUGCAGCCUCUGGACGGGACCUCCUCAGCUGGGCAGAUCAGAACCUUAGACAAGAGUCUGGAAGACCUGCUGACCAGGGUAGAUGAGUUUGUGGGGAUGCUAGAUAUGAUUCGAAAUGACUCCUCUCAAAUAGUCAAUGAAAGUGUGCCACAUAUUCAUGCAAAGGCUAUGGAAAUGAGGCAGCUGUAUAGAAAAAUAGACAAACUGGAGGCUUUUGUAAAAAUGGUUGGAAACAAUGUGGCUGGAAUAGAGGAACACAUCACAAAGGCAGAAGCAGACCUUGGAACUUUUCCAAAUACUUUCAAAAAACUUUUACACACAAUCAAUGUGCCAUCCUUUCUUAAUAAAUCAUCUUUAAGGCCGAAGCAAAGCCUUUAUGAACCUCCUGAUCUCUUCAAGACUGAAGACUACUUUCCCUCCAUGCCUGAAACACAGUAUAUGUGAUUUAACGGACAGUCAUGCUCUAAAAAUAAGUGUUAUCAAUGACAAACCACAUGCUACUAGGGUGUGUGUCUUUGACAGUGAUGGCCUGCUAGCAUUCUGUGUGCCACAGAAGUAUUUCCGCUUUGUUUUGUAUGAAAUACAUGGUUUUUCCAUUGUUACCCAAAAUCUAACCUAUAUACUCCUGAUGAGCAACUAGCUUAACCAGUAAGUCACUUUUGAGGAAAGACAAAGGAGUUAAGCCCACCUGUGUCCUGCUGGGAAAACUAACCUUUGAACCCCUGUGCAUGUAAUACUAAGGCAAGGAAGGAAAAGUUUGAGUUAUCAUUUUCCUUGAAUAUCCUACUGCUGCCAGACACCUACUCCCUUGUAUCAUUUUAAGGGGGAGAAAAGUGGAUCCUUGCAAGGAAGGGAGAGCAAGGAGACGUGUAAGCAACAGAAUCUUUUUUUACAUACUGUUCUCCCUUGCAAUCUGAAGGUAGGGGUUGGAUUGGCCUAUAGGCAACAAAUUGUCGAACAAACAAUAUACUUUUUAACUUGGGAAUUACGAGUCAUGAAAAGUACAGAUCCAUCUGCAGUUUGAAAUAAUUUUAGUAGAAAGAACAAAGGUAAGAUCAAAUGUAAAUUCUGGAUUUUGUUUUGGAUUUUGCUGCUAUUAUGAAUCCACAUAUGACAGGAUUUCUUAAAAAUAAAAUGUUUUGUGGUUAUUUAAGUGCAAUAGGACCAAAACUAUGUAUUCAUGUCCUUAAUGAAUAGGUCUGGAAUCUGUUCAACAUCUUGAGGAGAAAUACACUGUAUUUGAACAGGGAAGAAUGAAAGUAUCCUUCAACUGCUGCAAAAGAAAACAGCAUUAUAUGCUAACUGCUGUGACUGGUCUCAGGUCCCCUUUGAUGAAUACCCUAAAACUUCUUUAUAUAAUGCAAAAAUGACCAAAGGUCUUGUAAUGUAAAAUUGAAUGAAGACUUUAUAUGUCAGAUUCCUUGUAUUUGUAUACCUUUAUUUCCAACCUUGAAACUAUAAAAUAUGUCUCAAAAGCUGCUGA